GUGAUCCAUCGCGAUUGGCUUCUCACCGAUUACUGGUCUGCUCUGCUUCUGCCCCCGCUCGCGCGCUCGGCUGCGCUGUUGUCUCGUUGUCGCCGCUGCAGCUGCCGUGUCGCCGCUGCUGCUGCGCCUCUGUGUCUCGCCGUGACAUCGAACUCGUCAAACCCUAGUUUCUUCUGCAGCUAGAUAGGCUAGCUGGCAGUGUAGGAUGGAAGGCAGUCAACCCUUACUCUAUCAAGCAUCCGUUGUCACUGAAUAUACUUCUUCAGAUCAUGUUCCUGCUGAGAACAUGGCAACCAAUUCCGACAGUGUUAUGAGUGAUGGCAACCUUGUUCAUUCUGUAUCAUCUGGUGCUACAGCUCAUUCUUCACUAGAUGGUUCUGGUACUGAUGAUGGGAAUACCUACUCUCAUGAUUUAAAUCCAGUUUCACAAGAAGCUACAACUGGUGUGGUAUAUGAACCCAAUGCUAGUGCUGCAACAGUUAGUCAUGAAAAUAUGGCUGGUAUCUCGACACAGGUGGUUGGGUAUGAUACUGCUAAUGGAAGUAUUAGUGAAAUGGCAAAUUACCAAUCUACUGGAGCUAUGGAGAACGGAAGCUUGCCUACUGACACCAGUGGAGCCAUUGUUCAGCAAGCAUAUGAGGAUGCAGUGUAUUCCGCUGAGGAAGAUAGGUUGUGGAAUAUGGUUAGAGCAAAUUGCUUAGACUUCAAUUCUUGGACAGCACUUAUUGAGGAAACGGAGAAAGUCGCUGAAAACAACAUUGUCAAAAUUCGGAAAGUAUAUGAUGCAUUCUUGGCUGAAUUUCCUCUAUGUUAUGGCUACUGGAAGAAAUAUGCAGAUCAUGAGGGACGUUUGGACAGUGUUGACAAGGUUGUGGAGGUUUAUGAACGGGCUGUUCUUGCAGUGACCUACUCAGUAGAAAUUUGGUUGCAUUAUGCAGUUUUUGCAAUUUCAACAUAUGAAGAUCCGGAUAUUAUACGAAGGCUGUUUGAGCGAGGACUGGCAUAUGUUGGGACAGAUUAUCAGUCAUACCAGCUAUGGGAUGAAUACAUCAGAUAUGAAGAAUCACAUCAGGCCUGGAGUAAUCUAGCCAUGAUAUAUACAAGGAUUCUGGAAAAUCCCAUUCAGCAAUUAGAUCGCUAUUUUAACUGCUUUAAGGAGUUGGCAGCCAGUCGGCCUUUAUCAGAGAUACGAACUGCAGAGGAAGCUGCUGUGGUGUCUUCCACUUUGGAGACUGGUGGACAUGCUCUUGAGGAUGAAGUUCGUGAUGAUGGGGUAGAACAAUCUUCUAAACCCGUAAGUGCAGGUUUAACAGAAGCAGAGGAGUUGGAGAAGUAUAUUGCAAUUAGGGAAGAGAUGUAUAAGAAAGCUAAAGAGUUCGAUUCUAAGAUCAUUGGUUUUGAAACAGCUAUUAGAAGGCCAUACUUCCAUGUCAGGCCUCUUGAUGAUGUAGAGCUUGAAAACUGGCACAACUAUCUUGACUUUAUUGAGAGAGGGGAUGAUUUCAACAAGGUUGUUAAGUUGUAUGAAAGAUGUCUGAUUGCUUGUGCCAACUAUCCGGAGUUUUGGACCCGUUAUGUCCUAUGCAUGGAAGCAAGUGGAAGCAUGGAGCUUGCAAAUAAUGCCCUUGCUCGGGCAACACAAGUCUUUGUAAAGAAACAACCCGAGAUUCAUCUAUUUGCUGCCAGGUUCAAGGAAUUAAGUGGAGAUAUCGUGGGGGCUCGUACACAGUAUCAGAUUCUUUACUCUGAAGUCUCUCCUGGUCUGUUGGAAGCCUUUGUGAGACAUGCAAACAUGGAAUACCGGCUGGGUGAAAAAGAAGCUGCCUUUUCUGUUUAUGAGACAGCUAUCAGCACUGAACAGGGAAAGGAGCAGUCCCAACUGUUGCCGUUGUUGCUUGUUCAAUACUCACGUUUUCUCUAUUUGGUUGUUGGUGAUGCAGACAAAGCAAGGGAGGUGUUAUCUGGACAUCUUGAGAAUAUGCAACUAUCAAGACCAGUUCUUGAGGCUGUUAUCCACCUAGAGUCGAUACAGCCAUUACCCAAACGUGUUGAUUAUUUGGAUUCACUGGUUGAGAAAUUUAUUACCCCGAACCCUGAGAAUCCUAACUUUGCUAGCACCAUUGAUAGAGAAGAGAUUUCUUGCAUACUCUUGGAGUUUUUGGAUCACUUUGGAGAUGCACAGUCGAUAAAAAAGGCCGACAACCGGCAUGCUCUGCUUUUUCAACGUCAGAAGAGCAUGCUUGUAUCAAAAAAGCGUUAUGCUGAAGAUUUUCUUUCUUCAGACAAAGCUAAAAUGGCUAAGAACUUCUCAGAACCAGGUCAGUCAGUGAUGGGAGCCUAUCCAAAUGCUCAGAGCCAGUGGCCAGCUGGUUAUGGACAAAAGGCUCCAGUAUGGCCGACGACAACCCAACCACAGGUUCAAUGGAAUCCUGGAUAUGCAUCUCAGGCUGGAUAUGCUGCAUAUGGAGGUUAUAGUAAUUAUGGUCAGCCACAAGUUGCCACAUCAGCUCCUCAGGGCACUGCUUAUGGUGCUUAUCCUCCUACGUACCAGGUAGAGGCUUAUCCGCAACCAAGUUAUGCCCAGCCCACAGCAGCACCAGUAGCACCAGCAUUCCCUUCACAACCAGCACCUGCUCCUCAGCAGUAUUAUGGAAGUUACUAUAGCUGAUCUUUGUAGACAACCAAUGCUUCUUGGAUAAGCCAGGAAGGCUGCGCAAAAUCCCGAAGAAUUGAUCCGACUCUCAUGCCGACUCUUUGCAAGCUACAUUCAGUUUUGAAUUCAGCCUGCUUGUGGGUCCUCCAAUCUUGGAGAUCCUUACGGAAGCACUUAAGGGUAGGUAAGGUUAUAGUAGGACUGCACUUAGGGGAGGCACUGAUCGUAUCUCCUGGAACAUAUUGCUAGAUAUUGCUCUUUUAUGUUAGGUUUGUCAGAGCGGGAUUAGUGGGACUGUGAUCCUUAAUGGAGUGUGUGUAUUCUGAAUAGUCUGUGCUUCAGUUUGUUGAACAUUGUGAUCAUACCAGCUAAUUACAAAGCUUCUUUUGUUGAGAUACUAAAUCAGAGAAUAUUCUGUCAAAAAUGUAUUGCAUCAGAAAAUAUUUUGGUGUUU